ACACAGCCUGGGCCCCUGCACUGAUGGACAGCCAGGAUGACGGACUGCCUGGCUGCCUGACUGGCUGGGCGCGCACUCAAUCUUUCAAUUUGAGGCUGCACUUCAAUCGGUUCAGGGCCCUGUCAUCAUUUCGGGGCCUGACGUUCUGUGAGAACGAAAUUAGUUUGCCAUCAAAAGAAGCGCAGGGGAAAGCAGUACAUUUGCAGUAAAUAAAUAGUCUGGAUAUAUCAAUAUUGAUCGUCUCAGAUUACGCUCAGGGAAUCCGCAGAUGGUAGAUCAUUCACCUGCUGUUCUUCGUGUUAUAUUUCCACCCAAUUCAGGUGUGCACUGGCUACAAAUGGAAAGCUCUGGCGAUUGCUCAAUAUCAGUUGUAGAUUAAAGCCUCAACCAUGCUCAUAUACGCAACGUUUUUGGCUCUUCUCAGUGCAUGCCCAGAGCGGGGAAUGGCCGAUGACAAUUCCAAAUUGUUUGUGGACUUCACCAUUCUGCAAGAAAGUUGCCUGUUCCGACCCGUUUAUGGCCGGUGCGAGGAAAACAUAAAGUUCUUUGGCUACGAUUUUGAGAACAAUGUCUGUGUGGAGUUUUUCUACAGCGGCUGCGUUGGCAAUACCAAUCGCUUCAGCUCUAUUGAAGAGUGUGAGAAACUGUGCCUUGUGACCAAUGAGAACGAGAUUAAAAACGUCAGAGACAGGGACCCCUACCCGCCGAAUCAUCGAGACACAACGGAAUGGCCGCAUGAUUAAUUUGGAAAUGUUACAAAUAAAAUAUAAUGUAAGAAAGCUAGC